UCCCAGCUUGGCGCUAGCGCUUAUCAUUGAAACACAUCAACGAUCAUGACGAACACCGAACACCUCGACCUCCGCGAAAUAGACGCCUGUUUAUUCGACGUAUUCGGUACCGUCCUUAACUGGCACAGCACAGUCACUCGCCAAGUCGCCCGUCUCAGUAAAGGACUGCUUCUUGAAGGUUCACAGGACGCAGUCGAUUUUGCGGAAGAAUGGAGAGCAGGAUAUUAUGCUUAUGUCAAACGAGUAUCACAGGGCGGGGAGGGUACUUCCAACGCAGACAUCAUGCACCGAGAAAUACUGGACGAUAUGCUCACCACCCCGCGCUGGUCUCAUAUUGCAGAAGUGUGGGGGGAAUCUGAUCGGGAAGAUCUCACCCAGAUCUGGCACAACUUGGAUGCGUAUCAUGACACCAUCCCGGGCCUGACAGAACUCAAACGCCACGUCAACAUCCUCGCUCUGUCUAACGGGAACUUUAGAUUACUUCUCGAUCUGGCAAAGAACCAAGGUGUUCCCUGGGAUGGUAUCUUUUCGUCCGAGAUGUUCGGAUCUUACAAACCGAACAAGAAGGUCUACCAAUCCGCGGCAUAUCACCUUUCUUUACCUCCUCACAAGAUAGCAAUGGUCGCUGCACACAGGCACGACCUCCUCGCUGCUGCUAGCGUAGGCUUCAAGACGAUAUAUGUACCACGCCCUGCUGAAGAUUCGCGCGAGGUAAGGGAGAGCAUGCGUACCAAGGAGGACGGCGGUGAGGUGGAUCUUAUCGUUAAAGAUUUUGAGGAGCUGGCGAGGUUAAUACGUGAAGCUCAACAAAGCUGAAGCGCGCAGUUGGUACAUACUUUUGCGAGCGAAGUGAGGUAACCGAAUCAACGAUCAGAUCGAUCAUGUUCGGAGUAGUGAUACGAACGAAACAAUCAUUAUAUUUUGUAAAUGCAGUUCGUAGUCGUCGGGAGGAGCUCCACGCAUAAGCUCUCUUAUAAUAACUACAACAUUCUGAU